UGAGUUUUAGUCCAUAGGUGGAGCCUUAUUUUGACCUCACGGCUGCAUCCCUGUCCAUCAUGGCCACAUGGUGAGCUGUUAGAUCCUGUUGUUUUCAAGUAAAUGCCCCCCCAAUGUCUGAAAAUCAGUGUGGAACACUAUGAACCAUCACUUCCGAAACACACAAUUUCUGCAUAUCAGUAAAUGUUUUAUGUUGUAGUAAAAUAUUAUGAUUUUAUAUGUGUAAAAAUGUUGAAAGCUGUGUUUGCUAACCAUGUACUUGAUAGCAGUUUUGAGUUGCUCAACCUUGGCUAAAAGAAUCUCUACCAUGAGAUUUGAUCACUACUACUGGAAUAUGAGGUAUCUGACCACCAAGAUCAUCAUCUAAAAGGGUACAUAGUUUUCUACAAGGAUCAUCAGCUUACCUUCUAUCUGGACACAACUGUUUGACAGGCCCAUACCUGGACCCUUUUUCAGAGUCAGGGGAUGUUUUAUGGCAUCGCAGCAGGUCACAUGAGAGCUGUGCAGCACCACAAAGGCAGCAUACUAACUUUACAUAGAUAAAGACAUACAGUUCAUAGAAAACUAAACUCAGAUUUUAUUUUUAUAAUAUCCAUCCAUCCAUCCAUCCAUUUUCUAAGCCGCUUCUCCGUCAGGAGAUUAUAAUAUCUCAUUCAUGUAAUAACAAGGGUAAAAACCAGUUUAAAGAAAGAGUCUGAGAGCUCUGCUGCAUUCACACCUGCACACAGGAAAACCAUUUAAAAGAUAGUUCAGGUCUUGGUCACUUCCUUUAUAAACACCACUAAAAAUACAAACUAGCCACAGAGUGCAGCACUGCAGUCGUGAUCCUGCAGAGAGAAACACAGCAGCUCAGUGUUUUACUGAUGACUGUAUAGAUUAGAGAUGUCUCAGAGUGAUUAUGAUGAUCUGAUCUGCUUUGAGGAGCUGAACAGAGCAGAUCAAGACGAGAUGGUGGUGGUUGUGUAUGAAUGUGUAGAUGCUGUUAGAGGCCGUGACCCAAACUCAGAGACGGAGGACACCAACACAAAGAGAAUCCUACAGACAGAGAGAAACACUGCAGGAAGCAGAAACCACAGACUGACUGCAGUGCAUCUGGGGCUGCUGUGUGUUCUCCUGCUGACUGCCAUCACACUGAUAUGGUUCAUGUUCACUGCAGAGAGAAACGACUUACAGACCAGUUACCCCAACAUGACCACAGACAGAGACCAGAGACAGAGAGAAAGAGAAUUGGAGAGGAAGCUUUCUGAACUGGAGAGACUCAUUAACCAACAGGAAUGGAUCUACUUCAACUCCAGUAUUUACUACAUCUCUACUGACAAGAAGAGCUGGGAUGAGAGCAGACAGUUCUGCACAGAGAGAGGAGCAGACCUGGUGAUCAUAAACAGCAGAGAAGAACAGGACUUUAUUUAUAAGUUCAGAAGAGGUCAUUGGGCUUGGAUUGGUCUGACUUACAAAGAAAGUGAGAAAAUCUGGAGAUGGGUGGAAGGCUCAGCAACGACCAUUACGUUCUGGACUCGUGGGACAACUGGUUCAGGACUUUGUGUCAUAACUGGCUAUGGGUCUGAUCCUAUACUGAACUGGAAUAAUUAUUACUGUGAGAGAGAGUAUAUCUGGAUCUGUGAGAAGAGAGUAUUUACCGAUCAGGAGCUGGACAGAGGAGAGCGAGUGGAGAUGGUGGUUGAUAUCUAUGAGAGUGCAGACACUGUUAGAGGCCAUGAGCUCAACACAGAGAUGGAGGACACCAGAACCAAGAAGAUCAUACAAACACAACAUUCAGUUUGUGUUAUGUAUCCCAUGGAUAUGGAUCGCCAGAAUCUGCAUAAGGGCUGCAGAAACUUUGUUUACUCCGCCGGCGUGAUGCACCCCAUUCCAACGGAGCUGAGGUGCAGCUUCAGGGGCUGCAGAGCCGGGGCUAAGCUAAAGGCUAAACAACUGGAGAAUCGCUGGAGAUACAAGCCUUGUAUUCCUGCAGUGGUGAUGGGCAACGUGAACUCGCUGGUCAACAAGACGGACGAGCUUGCAGCAUUAGUGAGGAACCAGAGGAUCUACCGGGAAUGCAGUCUCUUCUGCUUUACAGAGACGUGGCUAACCGCUAACAUCCCCGAUGCUAAUGUAAACAUCCCCGGAUUCGUCACGACUGUCUGCUGUCGGGAUGUUGAACUGCUUGCGGUGAGUUUAAGACCAUAUUACAUCCCGCGGGAGUUUUCACACGCCAUUGUUGUUUGUGUGUACUUGCCCCCCCGAGCGGACGCGGAGGUGACGUGUGACAUCAUACAUGCGACCAUCGCUAGGCUUCAGACACAACACCCGGAUGCCUUCGUUGCGCUGUCUGGUGACUUCAACCACGUCACGCUGGACUCCACACUGACCUCAUUCACCCAGUAUGUGGACUGUCCCACCAGGAAAAACAGGACAAUUGACCUCCUGUAUGCUAACAUCAGUGAUGCAUACACGGCCAUCCCUCUGCCCCCACUUGGAAAAUCUGACCACAAUCUGUUUUUCCUGCAGCCUCGGUACAAACCCUAUGUGAUGAGGCAACCAUCAACAACACGCUCCUUCAGGAAGUGGUCUAAGGAGGCAGAGGAGACCCUGAGGGACUGCUUUGCAUCCACAGACUGGAUUGUGCUGCAUGACUCUCACAGCAAGGACAUUGAGGGUGUAACAGACUGCACAACUGACUAUCUGAACUUUUGCAUGGACACUGUGGUUCCUGUAAGAACUGUUUGCUGCUUUCCUAAUAACAAGCCCUGGAUUACAAACUGUCAGCACACCCAGUCCACCCCCCUCUGCCUGGUCCCUGUUCCCAAGAAACCUCACCACAGUGAGCUCAACGACUACAGGCCAGUUGCGUUGACGUCCCACACUAUGAAGACCAUGGAGCGAGUGCUUCUCCCUCUUCUCAGACCCCAGGUACAGCAUGCACUGGACCCUCUCCAGUUUGCCUAUCGGGAGAGGAUUGGUGUCGAGGACGCCAUCACCUACCUCCUCCACCGAACCUACUCUCAACUGUACAAGGGGAAUAGUGCUGUGAGAAUCAUGUUUUUUGAUUUCUCCAGUGCUUUUAAUACCAUCCAGCCCCCACUUCUCAGAGACAAGCUGGUGAAGAUGCAGAUGGAUCCUCACCUGGUGCAUUGGAUCACGGACUCUCACCUGCAGACCACAGUACAUUUCCAGUACAACUCUGAGAUGUGCCAUCUGCAGAAAUUCUCGGAUGACACUGCCAUCGUUGGAUGUGUCAAUGGUGGUCAGGAGGAGGAGUACAGGAGACAGCCAGUCUCCAUUGAGGGGUUUGAUGUGGAGACGGUCAAGACCUACAAGUACCUUGGUCUGCAUCUGGACAACAAACUGGACUGGUCAACAAACACGGACACCCUCGCGAGGUGUGGACAGAGCAGAAUGGAGAUUAGCAAGGAGGUAUUUGUUAAUGUAGCCUAUGUUGCAGACAGCGAUGAGAAUUCAUAUGAUAACGUCAACAUUAACGAGGACAGCACAGACCCUCAAAAGACCAGGAGCCAACAAACAAACUCUGUCUCCGUAAAUUCUGAAAAUAAUAUAACCAUUCAAAAUGAAGCUGUUCAUCACAGGAAUGCUGAGGAAGUGGGUACAACCCCUCAUUCACUUACAGCAGCUCCUCAGUACACAGAUUCAAGACAUAAGACUUCAGAAAGCAGAUGCUGCAGAGAGGCUGCAGUGUGUCUGGGGCUGCUGUGUGCACUCCUGCUGAUUUUCUUCACCCUGCUGUGGUUCAAGAUCACCACAGAGAGAGACCAGUUACAGACCAGUUUCACCAACCUGGCUAUUCAGAGAGACCAGUUACAGACCAGAUACAACAGCCUCACUAUGGAGAGAGAGCAGUUGCAGACCAGCUAUACCAAAUUGACUAUAGAGAAAGACCAGUUACAGACCAGUUACACCAACCUGACUAUAGAAGGAGACCAGUUACAGACCAGUUACACCAACCUGACCAUAGAGAGAGACCAGUUACAGACCAGGUACACCAACCUGACCAUAGAGAGAGACCAGUUACAGACCAGGUACACCAACCUGACCAUAGAAAGAGACCAGUUACAAUCCAGGUACACCAACCUGACCGUAGAGAGAGACCAGAUACAGAUCAGUUACAACAACCUACUUGAACGACUACAGGGCCAAAUUAAACAAGUAACUAAUGAAAAGGAAGAAAUACAGAGCAACUACACCACCAUAAGACACCAGAUGGACCUUUUGCAGAAGGAGAACAAUUGUUCUCGCAAGAAGCUGGCUGGUUUAGAUACGCAAGACAAGAUGGGAUGUUUGUACCUUGACUCCAGUGUUUAUUACCUCUCUACUGAGGAGAAGAGCUGGAGUGAGAGCAGACAGGACUGCAGAGACAGAGGAGCAGACCUGGUGAUCAUUAACAACAGAGAAGAACAGGAAUUCAUUGCUGAGAUUAUCGGCAGCAGUGACGUUUGGAUUGGUCUGACAGACGAUGCCAAAGAGGGGGUCUGGAAAUGGGUUGAUGGCUCAGUUCUGACCACUAAGUACUGGAAUGAUGGAGAACCAAAUGAUGGUGGUAAUGAAGACUGUGCCGAGUUUUACUCCGAUAAGAAGAGAUGGAAUGAUAGGCAAUGCGCUAAUAAAAGAAGAUGGAUCUGUGAGAAAAGUUCUAUCACUCAGAAAGAGAGUGAUAGAACAGAUGAUCAUGCAAGCCUUGUAUAGUCAACUGCAAAUAACUCAUUUUACUUUUCUGCUUAUUGUUAAAUUUAAUAUAAAAACCUUUGUCAUAUCCAGAGCCGGGGCAGAUUUAGUGAGUGUGGGACUCUAUGCAAAAAGACAGGAAUUGGGCCUCCUGGGUGCACAUUUUCAAAUUAAGCUCUGGGCUUCUGAGUGGCACAGCUGUCUACACUGCAAAAAUGAUACCUUGGCAAGUAAAAUGAACUAAAAUCUCUGUAGUAUUUCCAAUUUUUAGAUGGUUAUAAAAGUAUUAUAAUUGUAUCUCACAAUACUAACAGAUCAUUUUGCAUUAGCAUUAAAUAAAUAUGCGUAAAACAAGAGGAAAUGUAUAUAGUGAGAAUGCAGUAAGCAGUAAAAGUAGCUGAGCAUGUUCAGCGCUCUGUUCUGACUGAAAAAAACAAGAUAGCUUUGGGAGUAAAGCAACGAACGUUUCUCUUUUUGUGUGUUUCUUUGCUGUACUUGUGAAACUUUAGUUGAUUUUGUCUCAACACCCAAAAAAAAAAAAAAAAAAGUGUUUGUCCUAAUCCAG